UGGGGCGUGCAGCCACAGCGUUUGGAGGGGCCACGGACAGCGCUCAGCAUCCUGGAGAAGUACGGUCAGAAGCUGUUGCAGCCCCACACUGCUGCGCUGUCCGCUUCGGGAACCCCGUCUUCCGCGGCACUGUCGAUGAUGUGCAGGGGGGCUGGGGGGUGCUGCGUCUGUUGGGGUACACGGAGGAGACAGGGCAGGGGCUGAGCUUCCCCCCGAGGGUGGGGGUCCCCAAAUCCCCCGUGUGGCCACCGUCACCUCUGAUGUCCUGCUGCUGCAAGUCAAGCUUGACCUGCUGCUGGCCAACGAGUACCUGAACCCCCAGUUCUUCAUUGACCUCCUGGUGGGGGGAGGCUAAGUGCUGUAGGGCCCCUCUCUGACUCUUGGGUCCUCCCCACAACACCAGCAGUGUGGUGGGGGCUGCACCUGCGCCUCCUGCGCCUUCCUAAACCCCGGCCCCAGCGUCCCCUGCGGGGUCUGCGAGUGCCCGCGCCUCGCCCGACGGCCCCCUCAGCCCCCAGGGGUUUACUGAGGAUCUCUCCAUAGUGGGCAGCUCUGCAGGGGACACCCAGCAGGCGUGGGGGGAUGCAGCGGCCAGCCAGGCCAGACCUACUGCUUGUUCCUGCUGUCAGCCAGGAAACCUUAAGGAGGGUGAAAGUUCCUGCGGCGAUAGCAGAAGCCGAGCGGGAUGAAGGGGCUUGAGAGAGAUUUUUAGAGCUGUCUCCCCUCCGCCGUAACUCCGUCGCAAGAAGAGCUUUCCCAGCCCUUCCCGUUCUGCUCUGGCUGCUCUGUCGGGGAUCUCUCUGUGCCCGGUGGCAGCGGCCGUGUUGCCCCGGGCAGCCCCAGGGGCUCCCCGCCUGCUCAGCCCCACGGAGCCCCACUGUGAGGUCACAGCUGCCCCUGUGAGGUCACAGCUGGCUCCCACCAAGCCCCGUGGUGCUCAGGCAAGAGCCCACAGAUGCCGUGCGGCUGCUGCCCCAAGCAGGUCACGCUGCUGGUGCGGAGGGCACGGAGCAGAGCGGGUACCCGUGAGGAGAUGCCGAGAAGGGCACCCCUGAGGAGAUGCCGAGGAGCCCCCAGGGGCUCCCUGGGGAGCGAGGGCAGCGCGGCUGAGCCCCAGCCCGUGGAGAGCAGUGGGACCCUCUGCAUGGAGAUGGAGGUGACAGUGAGCUUUUUGCCUUCAGCCUCUGCCUCCAACAGGUGUGGCAAGAAGGCAGCAGAAACUGCAGGGACGGUUUCCAGCCUGCCUUGCCAUCCACCCCUCGCCUCCCUGGGGAGAAUUCUGCUGGGCAUGUGCAUCUUCGCCAUGCAAAAGGUGGCCUCGCAUAAGAAGAAGUUUCUACAAGUCAUCGUGCUGCUCGCAGUGGUUCUUGCUGGUGGUUACUGCAGGACCUUGCUGCCAGCGUGGAGCACGUGCACCGAGGGACUGGUGGAGGAGCUGAGACGUGUGUGUGCGGCACGCCUGGAGACCCUGCGGAACUGGCAAACUUUCUUGGCAGAGCAAACCCAAAAGAAGGAGCGUCUGCUGGAGGAGGUGGCUCAGCUGAAGGCGAAGCUCAGCAGUGCAGAGGAAGUUCAGGACACCAGCCAGGCAGCGCCUUCGAAAGUCUGUGCCACGACGUAUGACUGGGCCCUGAAAAGCUCUGGUGCCGCCAUUGACAUGCGGAGAACUUCAGAGGCCUUCAGCUGCAUAGACUGGCGCUGCAGCGUUGUGGAGUGGUUCUUUCCGGCCAGACCUGAUGCUAUUCUGGAGCCGGAUAUGUCCCCAGGGAACUGCUGGCCUCUGCCAAGGCACCAGGGCCAGGUGGUCAUCAGGCUGCCAGCACGAGUCCAUCUGACUGCCGUCAGCGUGCAGCACAUCUACAAAGAGGUGUCUCCGUCCGGGACCGUCGUCAGCGCCCCCAGAGACGUUGCUGUCUUCGGACUGGAAGCGGAUGGAGAGGAGGAAGUGCUGCUCCUGACGUUCACCUACGACGUGACCAAAGAGGCCAUUCAGACUUUCCCUCUGAAGACCGCACCAUUUCCCAGAGCCUUUUCAUAUGUCAAGUUCCUUGUGAAGAGCAACUGGGGCAACCCCCAGUACACCUGCAUUUACCGAGUGCAGGUGCAUGGGCUGAGGGCGGGCGCAGGAACCAGCUGAGCCCUGUCCUGCUCUGGGCCAGGCUGGAGUUCCCUCUCCGUGGCUGAGGGGAGCACAGCUGAGGGCAGGGCUGCGUUGGAGCGUUCCAUGUUGGGUCACGUCCCGCUCCGUGUCCAGGCGGACGCUGCUCCCCCGCGCCCUGUUUCGGUUCUGGGGUGGUGGCGGAUUCUCUGGAGCGGUCGGGUCGCUGCUGGGACGGGCCCAGACCGGCCACUGCUCGGUGACCACCUUCACCUGCUUGGCCUUGCUGUUGUUGUGUUGGUUCUGUUAGUACUAGUAAA